AUGAGCUACACCUACUCCCCUGGUCCCUCCCAAGACCCAUACAAAGAUCUCGACCUCGACUUCGACAUCGAUCGGUUAUCCCCCUCGAUAGACCAAGAGCCCAUCAAUAAAUAUGAGAUAUUCCUGCCCGCUGUACAGUCGCUGGUAGCUGCUCUGGGAGGAUACGAAGAAAUCGAAACGAGUCCCGGCUCAGGAAAAUUCGAAACUGUUUAUAGACCUGGUGAUAGUGUCUUGGGAGUAUUGAAAGACUUGAAGAAAUUAUGGAGGAAAGAUGAUGAGGACGAUGAGCGAACCGUGGCGAGAUGUAUGGCCAAAGCGGGUCUGAUGAGGGAACUGAUAGCGCUCUUGGUGGAAUGUACAGAUAGAGGAGAUUGGGGUCGGAAAGUCGCACUUGUAGCUUGCGACCUCAUCGCGGCUCUCACUUGGCCUAUAGACGUGGCAUCCGAAUUGAAAGAGAUGGAAGAUGAACCAGACGUAGUAACGGAUUACGCAUCGUUAUUGAGAGCUCAAUUAGAAUACAAAGCUAUGAUCCUACAAACGAGUGGACCAUUGAGAUGUCUUUUGGCUCUAAUGUUGCCAAGUUUGGCAAAACCUAGGAAAGAUGAGAAAGACGAGAGGAUCAUCUCGCUUGGGUUACAUGUCGUACGAAAUUUGCUUGCUAUCAAAGAUACCGUAGCAGAAGGUACAGCUACAGGUGAAAAAGAAGAAUUUGCGAACUUACAAUCAACGUUAAUCCUCCAACUCAACAAACUCACUUAUUUCCAAUUGCUUCUCACACUGGCGUCAUGCGCAGAUAAAUCGGAUUUCAAUCCUUUCAACGUGUUAGUGUUGGAUAUACUCCAUCUGAUAUUUAGGUCGGUCAAACCGAAAGAAUUGGGUCAGGAUCAAGAAAGAGCACCACUGGAAAACUUAUCAAAGUUACUUGAUGCUGAGAAAAGGCAGAAAGCUCUGGUAUCGAAAGUAGGAAUGACUAGGCAUUCGCGGUUCGGGACUACCGUUGCCGUGCGAGCUGGCGAACAAAAAGUCAUAUUGCACAAGCAGAAUGCAAUCGCUGCUAAUGCAGGAACGAUAUUAGACGAAGUGAAACGAAAGAGGGCACAGAAAGCUAAGAAAGUGGAUGAAUUGACCCAAAUAAUGAAUUUCAGUCCAGAUGCGAUGAGAGCAUUGCAAUCCCUGGCGAAAUCAUUCAUAGAAUCAUGUUUCAAUACCUUCUUCCAAUCGAUCUUACGUGAUAUACGGAUGGAAAGAAGUAAGAUCCGACCUGCUGAUAACGUACGAACGUUUUACCUCACACGGUUCUUUAUUGAGUAUCUGCUGGUCCUGCGGCACAAAGAAGAACAGAAGGGAAAGAAGGAAUACGAAUUGUCACUUGGCUUGGUGGCUGAGAUGGCAGAGAUGGAUUCGAUAAGGUGGUUGUUUUCACGAAUGAAGAGUUCGAUGGAUGAUAAGCCACCUGCUUGGACGGAGCUGCAAGCUAGUUUAGACUGUUUCACACAGGUACUACUGCUUCUGGAUGCUAUGGCAAUGUCGGGCGAACAAGAAGAUGUGGAAGUUGCCGAGAUUGUACAAGAUAAUUUGUACUAUAAUGGAGAUAUUCUCGAUUCGUCACUUUCAGUCAUAUCGCAGUAUAAAGAUCAAUCCGUUGCAUACCUCGACUCGGUCAUACAUUUCGCAUAUGUACUCCUAAGGAUGUUAGAGAAGUACUCGAAAAACAAAGCAUUCAUGUUCAUACGUAAACGGAAAGCGGCACGUAAGAAGAGGAAGGAAGCUGAACAGUCUACCGAACUGAAUCCUGAUGGCAGUGAAAUGCCAGAAGAAUAUGGAAAUGAGGAGGAAGAAGCUCUUCAACCUGAUAAUGAAGCUCCAAAUUAUGCUGAACAUGCUUUUACCUUCAAGACGUUUGAAAAGAGAUUCGCUUCUGAACCUGUCACAAAUACCUUGUUAUCGUAUCUAUCCAGAUUUCAGGAUUUCGAUGACCCAGAGCAGAUGAAGAGAGUCGUAGGGUUGAUGCAUAGACAGGUGAUCAAAGCUCAAGCCGAGGGAUUGUAUUUCAAGGUAUCGACUCUGAAUCUGUUCCGAAAGAUCGUAGAUUCAUCCCACACUCUGCCUAAAGCGGACUCUUCCAAAGAUCUUUCGCAAUUGAUCAAUUUUGUACUUCGAAAAUUCUUCAAGAGGGUCGCCGAAGAUCCAUUCUUGAUUGUUGAAGCGUUCGGAAGUAAGUCGAGGAGUAAAUGGAAGGAUAUAAGCAGUUAUAAGAGCGAUGAUGAGAGUGAUGAUGGCAUGGGUGGACAGCGGAAGAGGAUACAAGAAAAGAUGGGUCAAGCGGAAAUUGAGUUCAAGAAGAACAAGAAAUUGUCUUGGUCCAAGCAGAUGGAGAUUACUGUGGCUAUUCUGUUGAAAGAGGAACAUGAGGAUUGGAUCAAAUGGAUCAUAGAAAUUCUCGAGAUAGUGCUCGCGGCCAGGACGGAGGUGGUCAUCUCUACAGAUGGAGAAGAUGCUGCCUUACGUCAAGCUGACGAUAGCGAUGAUGAUGACGAUGAGAGGAGACCUAGAAACUUUGCUGGGCCAAGUAAAGAAGCUGUUGACAAAUUUGCUCAGCAUGAUCUGGACCCUCCUACCGAAUCACUGAAAAUGGCAGUAACGAAAGAUUCACAUUUCCGAUUAAUGCUUCGACUCCUUGCAUUCGACAUGUACCAUCCUGAGGAUCUUCCUGCGGCUCCAGCGGAUUCAGCCGGACAAGGUCAAGGACAAGAAACGACCAAAUGGUUCAUGCCUUCUUUCAUAAUCCCCUCUUCCCUCUCAACCUCACUCGGAGCAUUGAAACAGUACCUCACUUCUCCGCCGGACUUAGCAGAGGAUCCUAAAGACUUAUUAAGAAGACGUCGUCCACCCAGACAACGUCGUCAGCGCUCGUCAUCCGGCACACCAGGAUUAUCCGAGAUGGAAUUGGAUUCAGAUACUGGAGAACUCGUCCGACGGGUCAAAGCGAAGAAGAAACGAGUGAAGAAAGUGAAAGAGAUGCAGACUUAUAAGUCUGCGGCGUUCAUCGAGGAUUCAGAUGAUGAAGAUCCGGAAAUCACCCGUGCGUUCUUCGAAAGAGAACAACAGUUGAGGGAUGAGAUGAAUGCUCUGGCGAAAGAGCAGGGUAAUGUUAUGAUGAGUAAUGGAACGAAGAAGAGGAAGAGGAAAGGGAAAGGGAAAGGAAAGGAUAAAGAAGUAAAUGUGGAUGAGGACGAGGAUGAGGAGAUAGAGAUGGGUGGAUCGUCUUUACCGCCUUCAUCACAGGUUAUCGACGGACUGGACGAUGGAGACGAAGAGGAGGAUGUACUGAUGCAGAGUGAUGGUGAAGAUGAGGAAGAUGGCCCACCACGAAGAAGAAAAAGACCUUCUUUUGCUCCUCUAGAUAGUCAAGAUGAUGAAGAUGAGGAUGAAUCAAUACCGCCCUCGACUGCUAGACCAGGCGUGGUGGGGAAGGUGAAGAGGAUAGUAGAUUCGGAUGAAGAUGAAGACUAG